CUCGUUCCCGUUUUAUCCACAAUGCGAGUUCAAGCGCUGACGCGGCUCUCGCUGCGGAACACGGCUCUUCGCAGUCCCAGCACGAGGACAUUCACAUCCGCAUCGACAUGCUAUCCCCUUCGACAACUUUCCCUCUCCGGGCAGAAACACGACAGAAUACCUGGCGCGAGAUGGACUCAGCCGCGACGAUGGGCUUCCGCAACAGCAGCAGCCUCCGUCCUGGAAACGGCCAUGCAUGAUCCCGCUUCGCUUUCUCAAUCUGCCAUCGUCGAGAACCUCGACCCCAAAGAAGCCGCUCGCUUGGACAAAGUGCGGAACAUUGGCAUCGCAGCACACAUCGAUUCUGGCAAGACGACUGCCACUGAGCGCGUGCUGUUCUACACGGGUCGGAUCAAGGAUAUUCACGAAGUGCGCGGACGCGAUGCCGUCGGCGCUAAGAUGGAUAGUAUGGAUUUGGAGCGAGAGAAGGGCAUCACAAUCCAAUCUGCUGCGACGUUUUGUGACUGGGUGAAGAAGGUGCCGGAUCCUGUGACAGGGGAGCUGAAAGAGGAGAAAUUCCAUAUCAACUUGAUUGAUACACCAGGACACAUCGAUUUCACGAUUGAGGUGGAAAGAGCGCUGAGAGUGUUGGAUGGCGCUGUGAUGAUUCUGUGUGCGGUAUCGGGUGUGCAGUCGCAGACGGUGACGGUGGAUCGACAGAUGAAGCGGUACAAUGUGCCUCGUCUGUCCUUUGUGAAUAAGAUGGAUCGAGCGGGUGCCAACCCUUGGAAGGCGGUAGAAGGAAUCAAUCAGAAAUUGCGAAUUCCUGCUGCUGCCAUCCAGAUCCCAAUCGGUGCGGAGGAUCAGUUCAAGGGUGUAGUGGAUCUCAUUCGAAUGCGAGCCAUCUACUCAGAGGGAGAUAAAGGUGUUAUUGUGCGAGAGGAUGAAUGCCCGGCAGACUUGGUUGAAUUCGCCAAGGAGAAGAGACAGGUCAUGAUCGAGACUCUGGCUGACGUCGACGAUGUUAUUGCCGACGCAGUGCUGGACGAACGUGAGCCUUCGGUGGACGAGAUCAAGGCGGCCAUUCGACGCGCGACAAUCGGGCUGAAGUUCACACCUGUCAUGAUGGGAUCUGCUUUGGCUGAUAAGUCCGUUCAGCCUAUGCUAGAUGCUGUCGUCGAUUACUUGCCCAACCCGUCUGAGGUGGAGAACUUGGCUCUGGACCGAAGACGAAACGAAGCGACCGUCAAGCUUGUCUCUUACAAUUCCCUCCCCUUUGUAGGCUUAGCAUUCAAGUUGGAAGAGUCUAACUUUGGCCAGCUCACUUAUAUUCGCGUGUAUCAGGGCAAGCUUUCCAAAGGUCAGAAUGUCACCAAUGCUCGCACAGGUCAAAAAGUCAAGAUUCCUCGCAUCGUACGCAUGCACUCUAACGAAAUGGAAGAGGUCUCGGAGAUCGGCGCGGGAGAAAUUUGUGCAGUGUUCGGCAUUGACUGCGCUUCUGGAGACACUUUUACAGACGGCGGCAAGCUUGACUAUUCUAUGACAUCCAUGUUCGUGCCGGACCCCGUCAUCUCCCUCUACAUCAGACCCAAACACACCAAGGACACACCCAACUUCAGCAAGGCCAUUUCGAGAUUCCAGCGUGAAGAUCCCACAUUCCGCGUUCACGUCGAUACUGAGUCGGGCGAAUCCAUUAUAUCCGGAAUGGGUGAACUCCAUCUCGAUAUUUAUGUCGAACGCAUGAGACGUGAAUACAAGGUUGAGGUCGUCACCGGUCAACCACAAGUUGCAUACCGAGAGACCAUCCAAAAUCACGUCCCAUUCGACCACUUACUCAGGAAGCAAACUGGUGGAGCGGGAGAUUACGCUCGUGUUGUUGGGUAUCUCGAACCCACCGAGCCGUCCGAGAGCGGCAGCGAAGCUGGUUUCGGUGAAAACAAGUUCGAAUCUCAAAUCGUGGGUGGUACCAUUCCCGAAAAAUACUUGUUCGCCUGCGACAAAGGUUUCCAAGCCUCUUGUGUCAACGGUCCGCUCCUCGGCCAUCGUGUCCUUGGAACAAGCAUGGUGAUCAACGACGGAGCUACACACAUGACUGAUUCCUCGGAAUUGGCCUUCAAGAACGCCACGCAACAAGCCUUUCGUAAAGCCUUUCUCGCUGCAGGUCCCCAGGUUCUCGAGCCUUUGAUGAAGACUGUGAUUACCGCUCCUGUGGAGUUCCAGGGUAACAUUGUCGGCCUUCUCAACAAGAGAAACUCCAUCAUUAAUGACACGGAAAUCGGUGCCGAGGAGUUUACGCUGACUGCCGAUUGUUCGUUGAAUAGCAUGUUUGGCUUCUCUUCCCAAUUGCGUGCUGCAACGCAGGGCAAAGGAGAGUUUAGUAUGGAGUUUAGUCAUUAUGCUCCUGCGCCGCCGCAGUUGCAGAGGGAGUUGAUCGCUAAGCACGAGAAGGAGAGGGCGGAGAAAAAUAAGAAGUAGUGCAUUGCUCAUAUCUGUGGGAACGGUGGCAGGCCUACAUUUGGCCAAUACCUACUCUAUGGACAAAGUCCCGCGAGGACUAGAACCGUUUGCAGAGGAUGUGCAGGCACCCCCGUCAGGCCCUAUGCGCCUGGCAACUCCUACGUGCGAGUGAUAGAGGAGGGUCAUGCUGACGAGGUGCCACUCUCCAAUUUCCAGAGGGUGACUUGAGUUGGCUCUCGGGCAGAACCGAGCAGCCAGAGAGCCGUGAUUCUUUCGCCAACCUCAAUUUGUUGUACGAUAUGGAAGAAGAAAGAAGACACUGCUCGAACUCGACUCCAACAGGCUGAUGACGAAUGAGAUGUUUUGUACCAACAGAGUGACAGAGUAAUAAAUGAUUGUACAGACCCGCGGCGAUAUAAAACGCACAGCUCCUUCGACUCUCCACUCGGUAUGGGCGGUGUUCUUGGUUGCUGUUACUUUAAGUCAGCUUGUUAGAUAGAUCAAGACAGCCAGAUAGACGGAUAGAUGGAC